CUUUGUGUGUGUGUGCGUGUGUGCGUGCGUGUGUGGUGGAUUCACUGACACUCCGUUACUCUGCAUCUGCAGUUUUGGGUUGUUUUUAUUUUCUUUUUUUUUUUUGCUGUUCUUUCCUGGAUGCUGAAGGACUGAUGGAGAUGGAGAUACAGCACAGUGAGGCAGCGCUGCCAUUCACCUGCUCACUCAGCCAGGUCUGCUGAACGGCCAGAAGAGAAGAGACUGAGGAGACAGAAGACACAGUGCACAUCACACAAAAUCCUCGGCGUGGCCGUCAGGAGAGCGUUCCAGCCAAUCAGGAGAGGCGAGGCGAGGCGAGGAGGGGCGGGGCCGGCCAAUCGGAGGGGAGAGAUGUCAGGGCGGUGCGGGCGCGCGGCCCCGGCUGUCGUGUCGUUAGUGCUGCUGCUGCUGCUGCAGGAGGCGGCGAGCAUCGAAGUGCCACAAGACCCAAAGAUCCUGCAGGACCUCAAGCAGCCCCCCACCAUUGUGAAGCAGUCGUUGAAGGACUACAUCGUCGACCCCAGAGAUAACAUCAUCAUCGAAUGCGAGGCCAAAGGCAACCCAGUGCCAGUGUUCUCAUGGCGGAGGAACGGGAAGUUCUUCAACAUCGGGAAGGACCCGCGGGUGACGAUGAGGAAGCGCUCGGGGACGCUGGAGAUCGGUUUCCGCAGCGGAGGCCGGCCAGAGGACUACGAGGGCGAGUACCAGUGUUUUGCCACCAACGACUACGGCACGGCGCUGUCCAACAAGAUCCUGCUGCGCGUGUCCAAGGCUCCGCUGUGGCCGAAGGAGGUGCUGGAGCCGGUCGUGGUGACUGAAGGUUCUCCUCUCGUUCUGCAGUGUAACCCUCCACCGGGCCUGCCACCUCCCUACACCUUCUGGAUGAACAGCGUCAUGUCUCCCAUCCCUCAGGACAAGCGCGUGUCCAUGGGUCUGAACGGAGACCUGUACUUCUCCAACGUUUUGGUCCAGGACGCUCAGACCGACUACAGCUGCAACGCCCGCUUCCUCUUCACACACACCAUCCAGCAGAAGAACCCCUUCUCACUCAAAGUGUUGACCAACGAGCCGUAUAACGACACUCUCUCUUACAACGCCUCUGACCCGUACGGCGGUCGUAAGGUAGCAGAAACGGCGCCGUCCUUCCUCUCUCCGUCGGGCAGCGAGAGCUUCAAGAUGGUGCUGCGAGGGGACAAGCUGCUGCUGGAGUGUAUCGCUGCUGGACUUCCGACUCCCGGCAUCAAGUGGUUUAAGAAGGGCGGCGAGCUGCCGGGCCACAAUAAGGUGAAGUUUGAGAACUUCAACAAGACGCUGCGGAUCGUCAGCGUGUCGGAGGAGGACGCCGGCCAGUACAUCUGCAUGGCCAGCAACCACCUGGGCAGCAUCCGCCACUCCAUCUCCGUCCAGGUCAAAGCGGCUCCCUAUUGGCUGGACAAACCGACCAAUCUGGUUCUGGCUCCGGACGAGAACGGGCGCCUGGUGUGCCGCGCCAACGGGAACCCCAAACCUCAGAUCCAGUGGCUGAUGAACGGAGAGCCCAUUGAGAGCUCCGUGCCGAACCCCAGCCGGCAGAUUGUGGGCGACACCAUCAUCUUCCGCUCGGUGCAGAUGGGGAGCAGCGCCGUCUACCAGUGCAACGCCUCCAACCAGCACGGAUACCUGCUGGCCAACGCCUUCGUCAGCAUCCUGGACUUGCCUCCCAGGAUGCUCGGCCCCAAAAACCAGAAGAUCAAAGUGAUCGAGAACAACCGCACCUUCCUGGACUGUCCCUUCUUUGGCUCGCCGCUGCCCGUGCUGCGCUGGUUUAAGAACGGGCAGGGCAGCGGCCUGGACGGCGGCCAGUACCGCCUCCACAUCAACGGCACGCUGGAGAUCAGACGGGCGCGGGACGAGGACCAGGGCACCUACACCUGCGUGGCCAGCAACAUCCUGGGCAUGGCGGAAAACCAGGUCCACCUGGAGGUCAAAGACCCGACCCGUAUCAUCCGAGCGCCGGAGCACCAGGCGGUCCGCCGAGGCUCCACGGCUCGCUUCGACUGCAAGGUGACGUCGGACCCCAGCCUGGCGGUGACGGUCACCUGGAUGAAGGACGACAAGCCGCUCGCCCUGGGCUGGAGGUUUAAGAAGGACGAGGAGUUUCUUUACAUCCACAACGUGAACGAGGGCGACGAGGGAACGUACACCUGCGUCGUCGCGUCCGAGAUCGACGAGGACUCCUCCCCCGCCCGCCUCACCGUGCUAGAGGAAGCCUCCCUCCAUCCCUCAGUCAAUAGUGCCUUGCCUGCAGAUCUUCCUGAUCCUCCGAUGGAUCUGGAGCUGUCGGACCCGGCAGCUCGCAGCGUCCGCCUCACCUGGAUCCCCGGAAACGACCACAACAGCCCCAUCAGAGAGUUCCUGGUCCAGUUUGAGGAGGACCGCUGGGACCCGGGCCGCUGGCAGAACCUGACCAGUUUCCCCGGGCACCUGAACUCCGUCAUCCUGCAGCUCGCCCCCUUCGUCAACUACCAGUUCAGGGUCAUCGCCAUCAACACAGAGGGGCAGAGCGAGCCGAGCCGUCCGUCGCCCCGAUACAAGACCAGCGGAGCCGCUCCAGACGCCAUUCCCACCGGUCUGCGGGGCUGGGGCAGCAGCAAGGACAACAUGGAGAUCACCUGGGAGCCUCUGCUGGAUUUGGAGCGAAACGGCCCUAACCUGCAGUACAACGUGUGGUGGAGGCGGAAGGAUUCAGGGGAGGAGUGGAGUAACGUGACCACAGCCUCAUCCAAGCACAUCGUCCACAACACAGAAACCUACGUGCCUUACGACAUCAAGAUCCAGGCCAGGAACGACUUCGGAGCCGGCCCCGAGUCCAACGUGGAGACCGGGUACUCCGGAGAGGACAAACCGACCGACGCUCCCACCGACCUGACGCUGCUGCAGGUCAACAGCACCGCGGCUACGGUGCGCUGGAAGCCCGUGGAGGCCGGCAGCGUGCACGGAGAGUUCAAGGAGUACAGGUUAUACUACUGGCGUGUGUCCAGUUUACUUCAGGAUCUGGUUGUCAAUCAGGAGAAGAAGGUGAAAGGUUUCUACAGCCACGCGGCCGAGCCGUCCGGCGUGCUGGGCGAGCUCCACCCCUUCUCAAACUACAGGAUGUUCAUGGUGGUCGCCAACAGCCGCUACGAGGGGCCGGCCAGCGAGACGGUCAACUUCACCACCGAGGAGGGAGUGCCGGACACUCCCAGGUUCUUCAAGAUUAACCGGAGGAGUUCGGACACUCUGCACCUCCAGUGGGACAAACCUCUGGAGCCCAACGGGAUUCUGACCGGCUACCAGCUCAAGUACCUCACAGUGAAUGGCUCCAGACUCGGUCGUGCUCAGAUCGAGACUUUCCUGCCGAACAUGACUGAGUUCACGCUGCACAUACCGGACAGAUCGACCCGCUACCGCUUCAUCCUGUCCGCUCUCACCAAGGUGGGAUCGGGAGCCCCGUACCGCGAGGAGUCACCACACUUCUCCAACGAGGAAGAUGUUACUGAUGCUACCGAUCUAGUCAACUUUACGGACGCCUCCGAGGCUCCAACCGUUGCUCCUACUCCUCCUCCUCUUGCUCCUCUUCCUCCUACCACCAUCGCUCCUACAACCAUUAGUAACUCAACUACUCCUCCUCCUCCUCCUCCUCCUACUACUGCUCCUACCGCUACUCCCACUACCACUGCUACCACUGCAGCUCCGACCACGACUACGACCACUACUGCUGCAACGACUACCACCACAACUACGACAACAAAGGCAACCUCAACCACCGUGCUGCCUGUGCUGGUCCACACCAAGAGUCCUAAUGAGGACGUAUUGGUGCCCCCCAGGUGGGAGAUCUGGAAUGUGACGGCGGUGCCUAACACUCACCACGCUGACGUCAGGUGGAGACACAACUUACCGGCCGGCAUCAGUCAGUUUGUGAUAGAGUACACGCUGGACAGCAACGGGACGAUGAAAAUGGUGCGAGUGAAUCAACCCCCCGUAACACUGUCGGAUCUGAUCGAAGGCGCCAAGUACCAUCUGAGGGUUUACUCCGAUGAGUUCCACGCCAUCAGCAGCAAAUAUACAACUUUUGAAACCACCACAGCCUACAGCAAGGACCAGGUGGACAUCGCCACGCAGGGCUGGUUCAUCGGCCUCAUGUGUGCCAUCGCCCUCAUCGUCCUCAUCCUCCUCAUCGUCUGCUUCAUCAAGAGGAGUCGCGGAGGGAAAUAUCCAGUGCGAGAUAAAAAAGAUCUUCCUUUGGACCCAGUGGAUCAGAAAGACCAGGACGGAUCCUUUGACUACCACAGCGACGAGGACAACAAGCCUCUGCAGGGCAGCCAGACGUCGCUGGACGGCAACGUGAAGGAGAGCGACGACAGCCUGGUGGACUACGGCGAGGGCGGCGACGGCCAGUUCAACGAGGACGGCUCCUUCAUCGGCCAGUACACCGUCAAGAAGGACAAGGACGAGACGGAGGGCAACGAGAGCUCGGAGGCCACCUCGCCCGUCAACGCCAUCUACUCGCUGGCGUAGCGCCGCAGAACCGCGCGGGGGACUAAGCGGCGCCCUCUGAGGGACGGCGGGGCGAUAACGUCGACCACGAGACCACUCCUACACCAUGCACAAAAACACACACACACAUACACACACACACACACACACACAUAUAUAUGAAUAUAUAUGAAUAUAUGAAACACAUUAUACACACAAGACCCACACCAGAGCCUGUGUGCAGACUGUUGAGGCUCCUCCGACGAUGAAACGGAGGAACAUGCGAGUGGAUGAAGAACCAAUGAGCCUAGCCUUUAUUAUUAUUAUUAUUAUUAUUAUUCUAUUCUUUUUUUUUUUUUUUUUUUUCUGUUCCCGGCUCUGAGAAAAUUGUCCCGUCCGGACGGAGGUGAAGUUUGGGAACUCACGGUGAACAGUGCUGGUUUUCCUCUGCGCACCGCCUGCCUGCCCGCCCGCCCGAUCGAUACCCACACAGACUCUGAGUGUGCCUUCAGGGCGGCUUUCGCAGCACGGAGGCAACAACGAGCAUUUUUUUUGUGUCUGUAGAGGUUUGAUUUUGUUUUUGUUUUCGUUUGAUUUUCUUUUC